AUGAAGUACCCGACUCGAUCUCAGAACCGCAGUGACUCGCAGGCCGCGUCUUCAAAGGACCAGAAAUCCAACAUAGAAACUCAGACCUCGUUGGCGCCACCUCCGCGACCGGGUGCGCCUACUGCGUCUGAUACCCCAGACUAUUUCACUUCUAUGCACAAUCCCUUCUCGCUGGAGCCGAACCCGUUUGAACAGUCGUUUAGUGGUGGAAACCAGCCAAACGAUACACCGGGAAAAUCACUGUUGCCCUCUGUGGCUGCACUCACCUCCCCGGCGUUGCCUGGAAGUAACACUGGCAACGGGUACAAUUGGUCCAACUCACUUCGCUCGGGACCUCUUAGUCCGGCUAUGCUUCCAGGGCCCACCGGCUCUAAUGACUACUUUGACAGUAUUGGUCGCGGUUUCCCUACACCGAACGAGUCUUCCCUCCGUACUGGGCUAACCCCCGGGGGUGGUGGCUCGAUGUUCCCGGCCCCUAGUCCUAACUCCCAGGCUAUAUUGCAACAACUUCAGAACGGUGGCGCAACUCCUUCAACCAUUGAUUUCCAUCGCACCGCCCUCGCAGCAAAGAAGAACAACGCGAAUGCUCCCACAUCAAACCCCAACGAGCAGGAUCAAGGUGUUGCAGCUAACAUGGACGCUAAACCUCCUCGGCCUGCCGAUUUUACUCAACAUGAUGCGGCUGAUGCAGCAAACGGACUAUUCAUGCUGGCAAAGGGUGGCCAGGGGAAUAAUUCAGCAAUGAACCAAUCCUCCAUGCAAAACGACACCCGAGCUGCGACUAAUCGCCGUGUGUCCCAGAACACCAACGGUACCAGCGCAGAAGAUGUAUCCGAUGCGGAACCUGCCAAACCUGCCAAGGGCAAGGGCAAGAGGAAUGCGCCCAAGGCACCUGUUGCAAACAACCGCCGCAAGGCUGAAGACCACAUGAAGGGCCCCAACAAACGGAGCAAAAUGAGCGUGGAUAUGCCAUCUGAUAUGGAUGACGAUGAUAUGGAUGAUGAAGACGAUAAGAAGUUCUCCAUGGACACCAAGAAAAUGACGGAUGAGGAGAAGCGGCGCAACUUCCUGGAGCGCAAUCGUGUUGCGGCUCUGAAGUGUCGUCAACGGAAGAAGCAGUGGCUCGCCAACCUCCAGGCCAAGGUCGAGCUUUUCACCACAGAAAAUGAUGCCCUUACUGCCACAGUGACUCAGCUCCGCGAGGAAAUCGUCAACCUCAAGACUCUUCUGCUAGCACACAAAGAUUGCCCGGUCUCCCAGGCUCAAGGUCUCGGUCCCCUUAUGAUGAAUGGUAUGGGAACCGGAUACGAACAUCACGGUUACAACAUGCCCCCCAACAUGGGCAUGCAGCCCGGUGGCAUCCCUGCCCAGGGUAUGCGUCGCUAA